UUCAUACGACGAUCGUUACCAUUUUUUUCUGCUCUAUAUUUUUACUACAUUUGGUUAGAUAAUCCAACUUUUCGACCAACAACAACGAAUUCACAUAGACCUUGUACGAACGACAUUGCUACUCCAAGAUAUUCUCAGAGGACGCAAUCAAGCUCAGAUAUCGUCGUCUUUACCCUCGUUUACAAUCACCGCAUACCUUCUAUCAUCCACAUACCAUUUAUAUCAAUCAUAAUGGCUAUCUCUAUGAGCCUGUUAGCCAUCCUCGUGGCAUGCGGUGUUGGCGGAAUGCUUCUAGCUAUCCCUAUACUCGGUUACUUCUUUGGCAUGUUCAAGAAGAAGGCAGUCGUGGAAGUACACUCGUCGGCAGAGAAGGGGGAGAUGGUUAUUCCAAGGGUGGCUAUCCACAGCGCUCAGAGUAGCCGGGCUCAGAAUGGCCAGGGACCAUUGAAAGCAUCACAUACUACAGUGACAGAACAACGGCAAGGACAGAAUAGUUGAUCGUGAGAAAUAAGAAUGGGCGACGGAAG